UUUCCCUCAUUCAUGAUAUAAAGAUACUCGGAUUUAAAUUUUUCAAAUUAAUCCAUCAAUGUGUAUGUAAGUACAUGUUUGUUAAUGUGUGGAUAGUACUGCUAUAUAACGAGUUAAGGUCACGUGGUUCACUCAUCGUGUAUUUCAUGCUGAUCACUUCAACCCGUGUGGUUGAUCUAUUCGGUAGUGGUUCGAAUCGCGUGUGAUUUAGUUGAGUCUAAACUAAGAAUUUAAGAUUAACCUCGGAUGAUCUGGUAUCGUAAAUAUAAUACGCAGUUAUUAUUGAGCUCUUCUUACAAAGAAUAUGUAUACUGUAUCAAAAGGACCUAGCAAAAUCGUCGCCAAGACAAGAAGAGGAAUUAGUCAGAAUCUUGAGAGGUUAGAGACUUUGCGUGAUUUAACGAGAAAAGCGGAUCCUGAUGAUGACCAUGAGAGCACCCGCCAUGUACCAAAACCAGUGUUUCAUAUGAAUGGAAAAUCUAAACUCAAUUCACAGAGGCAUCAAAUACAGGAAGUUAUUACACCUCAACAUGAGGAACUUAUUAAAUUUGUUUAUGAAUCAUGGAACCAAGUUAAUACACGGCAAAGAAGUGAAUCUUCUGAUGGUUCAGAUUGUUCAGAGCCUUCUAGUCCUAACUCUAUAGUAUAUUAUAAUGAUGGUGAACCAAAUGAUAGUCUUCAAGAUUUUAAACCAUUUGAUCUGGAAUCAUGGUGGGGUAAACGAUUAUUUAAUAAUAUCACUAAAUCCCUUUGAGGAAAAAAGAAAUCUGUAAAAGCUAUGAAGAUAUAUAUUAAAGUAGUAUAAUAUGGCAGACAGUGCAAAACAUUAGCCUGAUUUAUGUUUUAAAUUAACUUGAAAACAGUGAAUAAUAUAUAAACUUAAAGUUAAAAAAUGAACUCACUUUACAAGAUUCCAAAGAACUGCAAUUGAUGAAGUAAACCAGUUAUAUAAUUCAUACAUCAUGUAUUUGUUACAAUUACUUACAUAUGUAUUUUUUUGUGAAAAUAUUUUUAAAAUAGUGCAAGUGAAGACAUAGUACAUAAAUACAUACCAGAUAGGGUUAAGUACACAUAAAGAUCCCUGCGUGGUAUGAAUGCAGCGUGAAAAUAAUGAAUUUUUAAUCUCAGAAUGAUGUACAUAUUACAUGCAUUGAUUGUGUGAAUGCAUGAUACAUUACUGAUAUUGUUACGACAAUUGUAUCUAAAUACUUUUAUGUAAGCAACCUUUAGUAUAACUUUGUAGACUGAUAAUGUUUAAGAUUGUUAUAUGAUUACAAGACAAAAUGAAAUUUGUCAUUAAUGUAUUUGCAAGCUUCGCAUUCAAAAAUUUUAUUCUACAUUGAUCUGAAAUAAAACUUUCUAAAUUGUUUGUUUUAUUUGCACUUAAGGGAUUGACUACUUAAGAUUUGAAAAUAAAAUUAUGGUAUUUUUAAAAAGCAGAGCUUGCAGAAGUAGUCGAAAUGUAGUGUAAUAUUUGGCCGUUUAAGGCUGAAUUAUGCAAUUAUAAAUAAAUGCAUCUUUAUAUACAGUA